GAAGCUGUGCUUGCGAUAUGUUCCUCCGGGCUGUGGGUAGCCGGAGGCUGAAAGGCUUUCAAUGGCAGGGCAUUCAUGGGCGGGGCACACCUCGGAUCGCUGGAACGGCUCGACGGAGCUUGCUCACCAAAGCACAUGAUCGUGGGCCUACUGAGCCGCCGCUCCUCGAGCAGACAGUUCCCGAACACUUCGCCUCGAUCGUCUCACGAUAUGGAGACCGCCCUGCGGUCUCGACAAGGCACCAGCGGAACACCUUGACAUAUGGCGAGCUAGAUGCAAAGUCCAAUGCUCUCGCACGAGGCUUACAAAGCGUUGGAGUCAACAAGGGCGACAGGGUGUCGGUUUCGCUGGGCAAUAACAUCGAGUUUGCAAUUGCGACAUAUGCCAUCUUCAAACUCGGUGCUAUUCUCAACCCGCUGAACCCAAGCUUCAAUGCGCACCAGGUCGUUAGUGCUCUGAACCAUUUGGAGUCAUCACACUUGAUUAUUGGAACAGAGACACACCUGGUCCGCAAAGAUCCUAGGGACAACUCGCAGAUGUUGCAGCACAUUGCUCCUGGCAUUGACGGUAAGAAUUUGGAGUCGGAGCUUUGUCCUGCUCUCCGAAACAUCAUCCUCGUAGACAACUCUCGCGGCCGAGUCGAUCCCGCGUCUCUGGGUGCCACAGUACCUUAUCAGGCGAUACAAGAAGGCAAUUCCAUCCAAGCUCUGUCAGAUCAGAAGCUACACAAGGACGAUGUCAUCAAUAUUCAAUUCACUUCCGGCACAACUUCAGCGCCCAAAGCUGCUUGCUUGAGCCAUCGCUCGAUCCUCAACAAUGGGCAUCAAAUUGGGCAGAGAAUGCGACUUACAACCGACGAUGUUGUCGUAUGUCCGCCGCCACUCUUUCACUGCUUCGGAUGCAUUCUAGGUUACAUGGCAGCAGCAACACAUGGUUCUCACAUUGUCUUCCCUACUGAGGCUUUUGAUCCUCUGUCCUCACUUCAAGCUGUGCAAGAAUACAAAGGCACGGCGCUUUACGGCGUCGCAACGAUGUUCCUGGCGGAAUUGGAACUCAUCAAAAACGGAACAGUAAAGAACGAAGGGUUUCAGCACCUUCGAACAGGCAUAGCAGCAGGCUCAUCCGUCCCGCAAGAACUAAUGAGAAAACUCCACAAAACCUUGAAUUUGAACGAAUUGACAAUCUGCUACGGUAUGACGGAAACCUCUCCCGUGUCGUGUAUGACGCGCACAGAUGAUCCCAUCCAGAAGCGUAUCGAAACUGUUGGUAGACUUCAACCACACGUCGAAGCCCGAGUCAUCGAUCCUGUUGACAGAACCAAAACUCUCCGGAUUGGCGAAAGAGGCGAGUUGGCAGUAAGAGGCUAUCUGCUCAUGAAGGAGUACUGGAAUGAUCCCAAGAAGACGCAAGAGACCAUGAUCAAAUUACCAGACAUGGAAGGCAACGAGCAGACGUGGAUGUUGACUGGGGACGAAGCUAGUAUGGAUGAGGAAGGGUAUGUGAGCAUUACAGGACGCAUCAAAGAUCUCAUCAUCAGAGGUGGGGAGAAUAUCCAUCCUCUUGAGAUUGAGAACUGUCUGCUCAGUCAUGAUGGUGUGAGAGAAGUGAGUGUGGUGGGACUUCCGGACGAGAAAUAUGGAGAGGUUGUGGCUGCUUUCAUCGUGAGGAACAAAACGGAAGGAGCGGAGCAAAUUAGUGGGACACAGGUGAGAGAUUUUGUAAGGCAAAGGUUGAGUGGGCAUCUAGUGCCCAAGUAUGUCUUUUGGGUCAAUGACUACCCCAAGACUGCAUCCAACAAAAUCCAGAAGUUCAAGCUGCGGGAAGACGGGAUCCAAUUCUUAAAAGAGGGUUUGGGACUUGAUUGAUCUAUCUAUUCUCUACCUACCGUGCCUAUGCUUGAUACAGCUUGCAUAACAGGUAAUCAGGUAGUAGCAUAUAUGAAUGAAUAGGUAGCUUCACUGAGUUAGACCUUAUAUGUACCUACCGGAAUCAUCAAUCGACGAC